AGAUAAAAGCGACAUUGGAAACAUGGAAACACCAGUCUGUGAUAGAGCGGACGAUUGAGGAGCGCGGCAGUUCUCUCGUUGGUGUCGACGCGGCCGCACGCGUCUACUCGCGCUGUCGCCUUCCACCGGCUCUCUCCGCUCGCUCCCGCCCGGGCCACAUGCAGCCCCGCAGCUGACCCCGCCACAACAAGACAGACCUCACGCACCCCCGCAGGUGGUGACUCGCCGCUCACUGGAUGGGCCCCUCAAAUCAGUCACCGCUAUUGGCGACAAAGGGGCAACAUUGGAACAUUGGCGUGGGCGGCUAAGGGUGUAGAGAGGAUGAUCCCGCGCCGGAAACACAACGCGUCGUCAGGCUCGCUGCCGCCGCCCGACGACAAGCACGCCAGCAACGACUACAUCUUAUCAGACGCAGGUCCCCGCGAGGGCUGGCGUUCGGCGCUGAAACGAAAGUUCAACAAGAAGACCCUUCACAAGCGGCUGCCCGUCACCGCCUGGCUGCCGCAAUAUGACUCCGAGAAGGCGAUCGGUGAUUUGAUAGCGGGCAUCACCGUGGGGCUGACUGUGAUCCCGCAGUCGCUGGCGUACUCCAACAUAGCAGGGCUGCCGCCGCAACACGGGAUGUAUGGCUCCUUCCUCGGCUGCUUCAUCUACAUCGUGCUGGGCGGCUGUCGCGCCGUCCCCGCUGGGCCCACCGCCAUCGCGUCGCUACUAACGUGGCAGAUCGCCGGCGGAGUGCUGGAGAAGGCCAUCCUGCUCACACUGCUGGCCGGACUCGUCGAACUCCUCAUGGGCGUCCUCGGGCUCGGUUUUCUCAUCAACUUCGUGUCCGGACCCGUGUCAUCCGGGUUCACUUCGGCCGUGGCGCUGAUGAUCGCCACGUCUCAGGUGAAGGACCUGUUUGCCAUCUCGGUGACGGGCAGCACGUUCCUGCAGCAAUGGAUCUCCAUCUUCAAGAAUCUACACGACGCUGCGCUGUGGGACCCUGUGCUCGGCUUCAUUUGCAUCGCUCUCCUUCUGCUUAUGAGGAAAAUUGGAAUGGUUAACUUUGGAAACGCAAACCCCGACGGACCCAGUACACGACAAAAAGUGAUGACAAAAUGCAUGUGGAUGGUGGGUACUUGUCGCAACGCCAUCGUCGUUAUCUGCAGCGGUGUGCUGGGCUUCUGGUUCGUCGCUAACCAAGGCGAGGCACCCUUCCGGCUCAUGGCCGACAAUAUACGUGGCGGGAGCAUCCCGUCGGGCGUGCCGUUGCCGCAACCGCCGCCGCUGAGUUACGUGCGCGAGGACAACUCCACGGCUGACUUCCUCGACAUGAUCUCGGAGCUGGGUUCGGGCAUCAUCGUGAUCCCGCUGAUCGUGCUGCUGGAGGACAUCGCCAUCUGCAAGGCGUUCAGCGACGGGCGCACCAUCGACGCCACGCAGGAGAUGAUCGCGCUGGGCGUGGCUGGCAUCGCCAACGCCUUCGUGCAGGCCUACCCCGGCGGCGGCUCGCUCGCGCGCUCCGUCGUCGCCAACGGCUCCGGCGUCAAGACCACCUUUAAUGGACUGUACACAGGUGUGAUGGUGAUCCUGGCGCUGCAGUUCUUCACGCAGUACUUCGAGUUCAUCCCGAAGGCGGCGCUGGCGGCCGUCAUCAUCUCCGCCAUUCUCUUCAUGGUCGAGUACAACGUCAUCAAGCCCAUGUGGAGAGCUAAGAAACUGGAUCUGAUCCCGGGCAUCGGCACGUUCGUGCUGUGCCUGACGCUGCCGCUGGAACUGGGCAUCCUAACGGGCGUGGUGGUGAACAUCAUCUUCAUCCUGUACCACGCGGCGCGGCCCAAGUUCUCCGUGGAGACGCUGCGCUCGGCGGCGGGCGUGGAGUACCUCAUGAUCACGCCCGACCGCUGCCUCAUGUUCCCCAGCGUGGACUACGUGCGGCGGUUGGUGACCAAGUGCGCGGCGUCCUCGUCCGUGCCCGUGGUGAUCGAGUGCACGCACAUCUACAGCGCCGACUACACGGCCGCCAAGAGCAUCGAGCAGCUCACUGCCGACUUCCACGCGCGCCGCCAGCCGCUCUACUUCUACAACGUGAAGCCCAGCGUUUGCUCCAUCUUCGAGGCGGUGGCCAAGCCCGAGCACUUCGUGGUAUUCUACGAGGACGAGGAGCUGGAGCGGCUGCUGGCGGCCGACGAGCGCGUGGAGCCGCGCAAACCGCCGCCCGGCCGCGCCUGAACUCCACGCUCCGACCGGAGAGAUCACUAUUUUAUGAGAUUCGUUUGACUGAGAGUGAGAUAUUUUGAAAUUAAUAUUAACUUUUACUACUAGAUUCCUUAUGCAAAUCGAAUUAAAUUAUAUGUCUAUGUCGUAGUGACGAACUGUAAAUAUUAGAUACUGUUUCGCGUGUGCUACGUAUCAUCGAUGAGGUAGUUAGUCGAUGUAAAACAUCCUUGUUACUUAAUAGAGAUUCGUAUAUUUUAGUAGAUAUUUAGAGGGUGAGCUGAUGGCUGUGCGAGCUGUGAUCGGAGUCGAGUCGCUCCUCGGGGCCGGUCUGUGAUUCUAAUAAAGAAUAGUUACGAUAUGAAGGUGCACAUUGCACGAACACACAAUAGCUACUAUUUUCUCUUAUUUACACGAUGUAUUCCCAUGGAAAUGGCUACUACUAUGCUUUGUGAUAGUGUAAUCUAAUGUUAUGAUAAAGCGCCAUGACGAAGCCAUCACCGCGCAGUCGCUACAAGCGUCCGCCACUGCAGCCUCAUGUUGUCGUGAGACCGUCUGGUGGCUGUUGGAUUUAAGAGACCUUAUUCCUAUUUUUCCUGCCUUUUGGAGUCUUCUCAAGAUGAAGCCAAGUUCGCUGUAGUUUAGUCCAUUAAAAUGGACAAGGUAAUUUAUGAACAAAAAAACAAUUCAAAGGUUUGAAAGCCUUUUGUAAACAAACUUUAGAAAAUCAUUCGUAACGACUGCGCGGUAGUGUUUGCUCGUUAUGGUUUAUCUAUUAUUUAUUUAUAUACGACUAAAGUACAAGUAGUUAGGAUGUUAUCAUGUUUUAUUGUAUUAAGACUUAAAGCUUUAAGUGGUGCCAGGUUACGUCGGUUGCGGCAGUCACACACAAACAAAAUUAGUGAUGUCACAAGCCGUGGCUCGCCGGACCUCGUACUAGAUUUAUCCAUUAUUUUGUGAUCCUUGACUAAUGUUAAAGAAUUAAGUAGUAAAUUUAUGAAAUAAAGCGAUAUAUUUUGGAACUUCGUAGAAAUAAAUGAUACUAUUUUAGCUAUAAUAUCAGAGUAUGCAUGUGGUGUGUUCGGUGAAGAGUGCAUUCAAGUUCCAAGAACAAAUUAAACUCUUUGAGAGUCCUAUAAA